AUGCCCAACGUCUCAUUCAACCCAUUAAUAAUCGCUUUCAGAAGCCCCUUUCUUCCUCUCUCACUCCCCUUCUCUGUCUCUCUGUCUCUCUCUCCUCUCUCUCUCUCUCUCUCUCUCUCUCUCAUGAAAGAAGAAACUAGCGGUUAUGGAGUCUCUAUCUGUUGAGUGAUUCCCCACUUUAGCCUUUUCUCUUGCUUCUUCUUCAAUGCAAUUAAACCACCUACAACCAGAGGUGAGAGGUGGUAUAAUACAAAUAUACUGCUGCCCAGAGAGACGGAGAGAGAGAGAGAGGAGCUGUUAGCGUUUGAUCUUUGCUUUAUAAAUACGUACCUCCUGGAACUACUCCAUUUUCUGCAUCUCUCCUGCGCAAAUUUGUAGAGAGAAACCAAAGCCAGAAAUCCUUUCUCUUUUUCUCUCACCUUUAUAAUCAUCUUCCCGGAUUCCUCACCAGCUCACAACCACGGCGUUCCAAAGUCAAUCGAGGGAUGUCUCUCCCCAGAGAAAAAUGGGGAGAGGAAAGAUCGAGAUCAAAAGGAUCGAAAACACGACAAACCGUCAGGUCACCUUUUGCAAACGGCGCAAUGGGUUGCUCAAAAAAGCUUAUGAAUUAUCUGUUCUGUGUGAUGCAGAGGUAGGCCUUAUCGUCUUCUCAAGCCGUGGCCGCCUUUAUGAAUAUGCCAACAACAGUGUCAAGGCAACAAUCGACAGGUACAAGAAGGCUUGCUCAGAUUCCACUAAUAGUGGGUCUGUUUCCGAGGCUAAUGCACAGUUCUACCAGCAAGAAGCUUCCUUACUGCGCCAAAAAAUUUUGAAUUUGCAGAAUUCAAACAGGCAUAUGAUGGGUGAGUCCCUGGGCGCUCUGAAUGUCAAGGAGCUGAAAAGCCUGGAGCUGAAACUAGAGAAAGGCAUUAGUAGAAUCCGAUCCAAAAAGAAUGAGCUGCUGUUUGCUGAAAUUGAGUAUAUGCAGAAAAGGGUCAGUAAAAGGAAGAGGUAUCUCAUGGCCAUUCCCAAGGUACAAGUGUACAAUGAAAUCGAUCUGGGCAAUAAUAACCAAUAUCUGCGAGCAAAGAUUGCUGAGACAGAGAGGAGCCAACAACAAAUAAGCUUAAUGCCUGGAGGGCCUAAUUUUGAGCUCCUGCCAUCUCAACCAUUUGACUCGCGAAACUACUUCCAAGUAAAUGCACUGCAGCCCACUACUCAUAGUCAGUAUCCUCGCUAGGACCAAAUGACCCUUCAAUUAGUGUAAUUUGCUCGAAUGGACCAGUAACUCCUAUUUUUAUUUUUCUAUUGGGGAAGGGGCUCUGUGAUUCUAGUAUUUUACCAUAUCCAUAUGAAACUUUUAGUGUAUCUUGACAUUCUAAGAAGCAGUUAUCAACAAUAUUGCUCAAGUGAAUAGCCUCGGUUCGAUUCUCUUUCACUAGUAGUGGCUAUAUAUGUAGUAGGAGUUAAGACUACUCUUAUGCUGUCAGAGAAUUAUCCUUUCACGGGAUGCUUCAUAAAUAUGCUAUAUCCACCAGAUGCAUACUACAUUUA